AGUACUGCUGGUUGCAAAAUGCUUGUCGCAGGGCCUAAAAUCACCCCUGCGCGUCUGACAUCGACACUCCAACAAAACGCGUCAUAACUCCAUCAAUAUGCCUCCUAUGAAGCUGAGAGGAGCAGCCAAACAAUCACUUCAGCUCAGGGCUUCAAGCCGCACCCCCAAACCCCCGCCUAGGCUCGAGGAUGAUUUGCGGUCAAGCCCCCCAUCAAAACCACCCGCCAGGGUUAAACGUACCAAAACAGUCAUUGAUCUCGAAAUCGAAGACCCAGCUCCUGAACUUGUAUGCCCAAGGACCCUUCAUGGUCAACCCCCUGAAAGAAUGGGACUUUGUUCAACCACUAUUGCUCGAUCUCGCCCUCGAGGAGUUGCGUCAGGACCCUGUGGUCAAAGAGGGCAUCAACAUUCACUCCCUUACUCCCUACAUUCAAUGGAAAGUUGUACGCGGUCGUUCCAAGGAUGCACCAUGGUGUCGACUACGGCACCCCCUCGACUGGGAAGCAUUCAUCGAGGCCGUCAACACUGAGCGUAUGGUACCUAAGAUCGAGUGGACAGCUUUCAUUCAAAUCGAUACGCGCUUCG